AUGGUUUUCCUUCUUAAUAUGGACGGAAAAGACUACAUCUUUACCUACGGAAUUUUUGGCGUCCAACACGAAGAACUUACUCCAGAAAAAGCAAUUUUCAUCUCUGCCCUCUACAUACUACUCUCUUCAUCUGCCAAUCGUGUCGACCACCUUCAAGAUGAAAGUCACGGGCUUCCUCGUCAUAGUCCCAAAUCUACAACUUUCAUCGCCUACUGGCUGUCCUCUUCCUCCUACCUAUCAUUCCAAGCCUCCUCCUCUGUUCAAGAAUUCUGGAACUCUCUCCCUUCAGAUGCAGGUGUCUGGCGCGAAGUAAUGACCAUCCCAAAAUCGCGCUUCAUGUUCGCCUCAAGUCAACCCGUCGCCUCAGCAAUGGGCACUCGCCUUCCCCUAAUACAAAGUUCCGACGAAGGAUACUGGGGCGUAUACCGUCAUCGAUUAUCCGAAACGUCAGAUUCCUAUACCGAUCCUAAAGAUACAUUUACCUCCGCUUAUGUGACUUCCACCAAAGCGAAACCUAACGAAACGAGAAAAAUCAUCGAUAUACCGAAUACCCGUAGUUCCAAAAUAAUAUUAGGGAGAGUAACCAUCUCCAACCCGCCCGAGAAUCUCGUUUUUUCAAAUAUCCCACCCGCGGAAACAGAAGCCUGGCUCAAACAAAUAAAUCCACAUGCCCAAUCCUGGAUAUCUCAUCUCGACACUGAACGGAACAAAAAUGGCGUAGUGGCAUUUACAACACACAUAGGCCACGAGAAUCCCACCCCAGAGAUUGUGAAUGAAGAGUUUGAUGCCAAAGCAGAUUUAGAGCUCGAUACCGAAGCUAUUGUUGAGACGAACCAACUUGCAUAUUUCUUGGAUCUGUCGCAUUUUGAGCAAGCAGGCCGUUCACAUAAAGGUCAUGUGGAAUUGAGAAAAACGGUUAUGAGUCUUUAUGGACCUGGGGGUCAAUUGGAAAAGGGAAAGUCGGUUUUGUUUGUGGAGCUGUGUGUUUUGAAGUCAGGAGAUUUGGACGCCGAGUAUAUUGGUUGCACUGAAGGCUCAGGAAUUCCCUCGCCAAUCAUCAAGGACAAACGUUAA